AUGAUUACAUGUGUCACUUCAUUCCACAUACGCACAUACAGACCAUCAGUAGGAUUGGAUGCGAGGGUGGUGGUGUGGGAUGUUGUGAGGAGAAGAGUUGUGCAGGUGUUGAGGGAGCAUGGUAGAUUUGUUGUUAAAGUGGCGUUUAGUGGUAGUGGAGGGUACUUGGCUAGUAUUGGUUAUGAUAAGAAAGUAGUUGUGUACCGACGGACGAAACGUACCGCUUUUGCUGCCUCGCAAGGAGAGCAAGAGGAGCAAGAGGAGCAAGAGGAGCAAGAGCAAGAGCCGGAGGAGUUGCAAGGAGAACGAUAUGUGAAAGUGUGGGAAAAGGAAACGCAAACCAACCCGGAAAGCAUCCUUUUCAUCCGUGCUUCCCCCUACCGUGCCUGA